AUGUCACACAGCACAUACAACAAGCAAUGGGCAGAGGCCGAGUCAGCCCUGGUGGACCUUCUCCAGCAGGAGCUACCACCAGAGCCCCCCAAACCAGAAAAGGACAGAUUAGCUGCCUUUCAGCUGCUGGCUACCAUGUACAUCAAAUACAUUCAGAUCUUCCGUAAACUUGAACAAUCUUAUGAUCAGGUGGUACAUCCACAGAAGCGCAGAGUCCUUCGUCAUGUACUUGAUGGAGCAAUGGGCAGAAUUCUAGAGCUUAAACAUGAGAUGGUGACUCUGGAGUUUUCAGAGUAUCAUUACUUUGAUGAUGUUCUGUCAGAUUUAAAACUUACUCCGAAUGAUGUUGAAAUCCCUAUACCUAAGUACUUCAUCAAUGAAAAAAUGGAAAUAUUGAAAGAAAGAGAAAAAUUGCUUGGACAAAUUUUGACAAAGGUUGGACCACAAGACAAGGAAGAUCACAAAGAGGAAGUUAAGAUGUCCCUGGAGGAUGCUAUCAGAAUAAUUCAGAUUCAUGAGCGUGCAAGACAGGGACGUCUAAGGGCAAAGUUCAUGAAGGAAAUCCGCGAGCAAGAGGAGCGUGAAAUCAUGGCUCAGACACGUGGUGCCCCAACACUAGAUCCAGAUGUUGCUGCAGUUAGAAUACAGAAGGUGUGGAAAGGUUUUGCACAAAGAAGGAGAACAAAAAAGGAUAGAGAUGAAGAAAUGGUGUUUAUUGGAAUGGCACCACCCCCGAUGCCAACAAGUCUAAAGAACACACCACAAGCUCUUGCUCUGAAGACUGAGGCCCAGCGUAGACAAACCCAGGGUACAUAUGAACACGAGUUCCAGCAAUCCCUGGUCACUAUUAAGGAGAAGAUCCAAGAAACUGAGGGGCCCGAUAUCAAGGAGACCAUGAUGGACCAGAUUCGACAGUGGUUUAUUGAGUGCAGAGAUUCUACUGGAAAAUUCCCCGAAUACCCAGAUGAGGAUGAUGGUGGUUCAGCAGCCAUAUUCAAACAGAAAACUCCAGAGGAGUUGGAGGCAGAGAUGAGAGAGAAGGAGGAAGGUGGUGGCAAGAAAAAGGAUAAGAAAGGAAAGAAGAAAGACAAGAAAGAUAAAAAAGACAAAAAAGACAAGAAAGGAAAAAAAGGAAAGAAGGGAAAAGGAGGAGAUGAUGAAGAGGAAGAGGAAGGCUGGAAGAUGGCUCCCUCUAGUUUUGUUCCUGCCAUCAAUGAAGGCACUGAUGAUUACAAAGGCGUCUGGCAGACAAGGGAUGAGAAAGACAACUUUUCACAGAAACAUGACUCCGAGCUUAUCAAAGAAGAAAAACGUAAAGAAGUGGAGGAGGAAAUCCGUCUCCAGGUUGAUGAGUUAAUGAGGACAGAGCUGAAAAACCUGAAAGCAGCUGUAGACAGAGAUAAGGGAAAGAAGAAAGGCAAAAAAUCGGGCAAGAAAAAGAAGAAGAAGGGGAAGAAGAGUGGAAAGAAAGGAAAGAAGAAGAAGAAGGAGAAGGAUUUAACUCCAGAUAGAACCAUAGAGUCACUGUAUGAAGAAAUGGUGAUGAAUGGCAUUAUUGUGCGGACGCCCAACAUCAAGCUGAUGGACUAUGAGGGGGAGUACAGUUACCUGGGUACCACACUGAGACAGGCUAAUAUAGAACCCAUGCCUUCUCUCAGUGAUGUCAGACGACUAGUUACAGAGUUCGGCAUCCUUCCUCUUGGUUCACCGGCUGUACACGAGAAAGCCCCUCUAACUAAAUCCAUACUCUUAGCCGGUCCCAGAGGAACUGGUAAAAAAAUGCUUGUUCAAGCCAUUUGUAAUGAGACUGGAGCCAACAUGUUCGAUUUAUCACCAGCAAAUAUAGUGGGAAAAUAUCCUGGGAAGGAUGGACUCAAAAUGUUGAUGCAUUUAGUGUUUAAGGUUGGACGAGAACUUCAACCAAGUGUUAUAUAUAUUGGAGAUUGUGAAAGGAUGUUUAAAAAGAAAGUGCCCAAAACAGAUCCAACAGACCCUAAAAGGUUAAAGAAGGAGCUUCCGAAAGCCCUGAAGACAAUAAAAAGUGAUGACCGCCUGCUACUAGUUGGAACAUCUCGCUGUCCAUUUGAUGGAGAGAUGAAACCUUUGACUAGCUGUUACCAGCGGAUAAUUCUCAUCCCUCGUCCAGACUAUGCCUCACGACACUUGUUAUGGCGUCGGAUCAUUUUGAAAAACAAUGGUGUAUUGACUGCACACCUUGACAUCAGUUCAUUGUCCAAGGUCACCGAUGGGUACACACCUGGUCACAUGGCUACAGCUGUUCAACAGGUCCUCACAGAGCGACGCAUACAGACACUUUCAAAGAAACCACUUCAGGCUGUUGAGUUCAUAGCGCCACUCGCUAGGAUUGACCCAAUUUAUAAGGAGGAAGAGGAGUCUUUUAAGUCAUGGUAUGCUAAGACUCCUCUUGGUAAGAAGCGUGCUAAGGCUGCAGCAGCUGAUGAGGAUGAUGGAGGAGGUGGUAAGGGAGGAAAAAAGGGCAAAAAAGGAGGCAAAAAGAAGGGAGGAAAGAAGAAGAAAAAGAAGUAG